UUGUAUUAUAAAUAUAAUAUAUUGUAUAUUUUGAUUUCAGUGAACAAAAAAAUAAUAGGCCACAAAUAUAAACGAACAGUUCGUUAAACAGGAUAUAAGUUUUUCAGCUCAUCGGAGUGAGAUGAUUAGAUAAAGAUGGAUGAAGAUAGCUGUUUCUUCGGCGAUGGCGGCACUCCAGCUGCGUUUCACCGGAAGAGUAGAUGUUUACGAUUCUGGCUGUAUUAUGGAGCGUUUCCUCUUGGGCGUCGCAGUUCACACACGUCACGGAUUCCGCCGAAGGAGUCGAUAAUUAAAAAAUGGUAUUCGUCAGUGAACAUUUUCAAACUGGGAAUAAUAUAUCAUAAGCAGAUUGAAAUGUGUGAACGUUUCAGUGUUUCGAAGACUAAGUUUCGUAGCAGAUUUCGAUUCCGUCACGGGAAUGAGGAAUAAUGGCUACAAUCACAGAAGAUUUUGUAACUAUAGCAAACAUUAUUAAACAUGAAAUCCACAAACGCAAGAAACAAAAAAAAUCCAAAGAAAUUUCAAAAGAUGUUGAAGAGGAUAAUAUCUCAUUAUUAAAAAAGAUUGAAAAAAAAAUGAAGAAAAAAAAGACAUCAACUCAGUUAACCACCAAAUUACAUAACAAGAAGGCGAAGAAGCUUGGUACGAUUUGUGAUGACAAUGACAAGUAUUUGAAUAAAGUCAAAACAGAGGAUACUGAGUUAAACAAAAAUGAAUUGAUAAGUUGUAUUCCUAUUUUUAAUGCUUCAGAAGAUGAAAAAGAACUGCCAUUUCUUAAAAAAAAGAAGAAGAAAAAAAAAGAAGACAAAAAAAUGGUACAAAAUGAUGAAAAUAUGAAUAACGAUAUAGUUACAUUGAAAGUAGAGAAGUUUUAUAAUGGUACCUGUGAUGACAAUGACAAGCAUUUGUGUGAAGAUAAAUCAAUAAAUUCUUAUUUAAACAAAGUUGAAUUAACAAGAAGCAUUCCUAUUGCUAAUGAUUCAGAAGGUGACUUGUUAUUUCAAAAAAAGAAGAAGAAAAAGAAAAAAGAUAAAAAAAUGGUAAAAAAUUAUGAAAAUAUGAAUAACCAUAUAGUUACAUUGAAGGUAGAUAAGUUUCAUAAUGAGACCUGCAAUGACAAUGAUAAGCAUUUGUAUAAAGACGAAACAAUGGACUCUAAUUUCAACAAAGAUUCUGAUAUGGUUAACACUAUUUAUAAUUCAAAAAUUUCAAAAGUCCACGACGCGGAGUACCCUGAAUUAGUUAAAAAGUUAUUCAAAAAUAAAAAAAAGGAACAGAAAAAUGCUAUUAAGGUGGUAACUCGUAACGAAGUAAUGUCACCGAAAAAAUUGAAUAAACGUAAACGACAAACUACUGAUAAAGAAUAUUUGAAAAACGAUUCCCCUCAAUCAGUGGACAUGAACGUGGAAACAUAUUAUGAUAGUAAUAAUUAUAUUGGUGAAGAUUGUGGAAAGAAAUUAGAACUUUUUGAUUCUCCGGACGAUCAUACGUCGGAAUAUCAGAAUAUGACCGACAUAAUUAUGCAUGAAAAAUCUCUUCUCCAGUGCGAUGUUUGCAUUAAAUCGUUUAUCAGAGAAUAUGAUUUAUAUGUACAUAAAAGAACGCACACUUAUAAGAAAUUUUACGUUUGCAACGUUUGUGGCCGACCAUUGUCGAAUGCAGGAAAUUUGACACGACAUAAAAGAAUACACACUGGGGAGAAACCAUAUGCUUGCAACGUUUGUGGCCAAUCAUUUUCGCAAAAAGAAAAUUUGACACGACAUAAAAGAACGCACACUGGAGAGAGACCAUAUGCUUGCAACGUUUGUGACCAAUCAUUUUCGCAAGAAGGAAUUUUGGUUACACAUGAAAGAACCCACACUGGUAAGAAACUGUAUGCGUGCAAUGUUUGUGAAAAUUCAUUUUCGAGGAAAGAACAUCUGGUUAGACAUAUUAUAAGCACGCACAACGGUGAGAAACCAUAUGUGUGCAACAUUUGUGGAAAUUUAUUUUCGAGGAAAGAACAUCUUGUUAUACAUGAAAGAACGCACACUGGGUAUAAACCAUAUGCUUGCAACGUUUGUGACCAAUCAUUUCCGCAAAAAGGAAGUUUGGUUACACAUAAAAGAACGCACACCGGUGAGAAACCAUAUUCUUGCAACGUUUGUGGCCGAUCAUUUUCGCAGCAUGGAAAUUUGGUUAUACAUUUUAGAUCGCACACAGACAAAAAAAAAUUCGAGUACGAUCAGUGUGAAAAAAGUUUAUAAAAAAUUCUAAUCUUAAAUCUCAUACUGAGAGAUUACAUAUAAAAUGUUUUUAAAUUCGUUACUAUUAAUACCGUUAUGACCCAAAGCUCAUGAACAAUAAACAUAAAAUGAUAAUUUUGUUACGGCAUUAUAGAAAUCUUACCGAAAAGCUACGGAUAUUUUCUAAUUCGUUAUCAAAACCUUCUAAUAUUGUCUGCAGUUUACGUUAUCAAUGAAAAUAAUAUCAUAUCCAGAAGGUUUUUGUACCUAUAAGUAGAUAGCAAGUAUUAGCAACUCUACUAAAAUUAAUAAAUUGUAUAAUGUAUACAUAUUAAUUAUAACUGUAGAUUGAAAGAUUGUACCUUUUUUCCGAAAUACUAAUCAUAAUAAAUGAAAAUAAAAUUCAGUUUUAUAGUUUAGAUUUUAUUGUGUAGAUACAUUAUAGUCUUGUAUAAUGUAUAUGACUAUAUAGGACAGUUGUAUAAUAAUAUUAAGAUAUUGUGUGUAUGUAAAAAAUAGCUUGUAUAAAUGUUGACGUUUUAUUCGUUUAAAACUCUGUUUUAUUUAUCAAUAUUAAAUAAGAAUAAAACUUUUUAUUCCUGUCCAAAUCUGAAAUUUAGAAGUCUAUAAGAAAAUCAAGUGUAAAAUAUAAAUAAUUAGUUUUGUAUUAUUUUUGUGUUUAAAAUGUUUUUUGUGUCAAUAAA